CGAGACAAAACGUCAACAUGCAAUCAACACCGUAGCAGCCGCUCGCUCAUCACCAUCAUCGCGUAGAAAAAGUGCCGUGCGUGGAAGCCUCCGCAUUUUUUCAAUGUUAUCGCUGUUAAACUGGUAAAAUUAUCGUCAAAUUCAUUGCAUAGUUUCUGAAAAAAGGCAAUCCGACUUUGCCCGUUCACCAUGCCGCCGAAAAAAGCGCCUGCCGGAGGAGCCUCGAAAAAGGCCGAGACGAAGAAAAAGGAGAAAAUCAUUGAGGAUAAAACAUUCGGUUUGAAGAACAAGAAAGGAGCUAAACAACAAAAGUUUAUCACCCAAGUUGAGAAGCAAGUGAAAAGCGGAGGCCAACAUAACCUGCUGAAUAAUCCGAAUGCCAAGAAGGAGGAGAAGGAAAAGAAGCUGAAGGAGCAGAAGGAACUGGCUCAGCUGUUCAAGCCGGUUCCAACGCAAAAAAUCGAAAAAGGCGCCGACCCCAAGUCGAUCCUGUGUGCAUUCUUCAAGCAAGGAACCUGUACCAAGGGUGACAAGUGUAAGUUUUCCCAUGACUUGGCCAUUGAGCGGAAAGCGGAGAAACGGUCCAUUCAUGUGGAUAUGCGAGAUGCUGAGAACGACACGAUCGAAAACUGGACCGAGGAGAAGCUGGCCGAAGUCGUCGCGAAGAAGCACGGCAAGGAGAAAACGAUGCCCACCACUACGAUUAUCUGCAAAUACUUCCUGGAUGCUGUUGAAAAAUCUCUCUACGGUUGGUUCUGGGAGUGUCCGAACGGAGAAAAAUGUAUCUAUCGGCAUGCCCUUCCGCCGGGAUAUGUGCUGAAGAAGGACAAGAAGAAAAUGGAAGCACAGAAAGAGGAAAUCUCUCUGGUUGAUUUGAUUGAACGAGAGCGAGCCGCAUUGGGAUCGAGUCAAACCCGAGUCACGCUGGAGACUUUCCUUGCAUGGAAGAAACGUAAAAUACAGGAAAAGAAAAAGCGCGAGCAAGAGGAAGAGGAUCGUAAGCGCAAGGACUUUAAGGCUGGUCGCCAGAAUGGCCUUUCCGGUAGGGAAAUGUUUAGCUUUAACCCAGACAUGGUCGACUUCGGUAUGGAUGAUGGCGAGGAAGCUAUCGAGUCCUAUGGCAGGAACGAGGAUGAUGACGAUGCUACUGAGUAUAAGGAAUUGGAUUUGAACAUGCUAUCGCUGUCGAUUAAGGAGGUGGAUAAUACUGGUACCGUGGCCGAGGAGGACCGAUGGCAGAAAAUGAAAGCAAACCUACCAGCCGAGAAUGGAGAAGCCGAGGGUGCCGCAGCGACAGCUGCCACUUCCUCGGACGCAGCACCUAUCAAUGAGAACCUUUUCCUCGAUGAAGACCUAGAAGGAAUCGACGACGAGCUGAGCGAUGACGAAGACGACGACGACGACGAUGGGGAUGGCGAAGCAAAUGAUAACAGCGAAAAGUCGUGAUAAGGAAUGCUCUAGGUGCAGGAGGUUUUAAGGAUUGCCCUUUCGUUAAUGAAACUAUUUAGAUUGCGAUCAUGCAAAUGGUUCACCCAUUAAUGUUCGAUAUUGCUACAAUUAAACACGUACAGUCAAAUUAUCAUAAA